GGGCGGUGACGACAUCGCCCUGCGCCCGGCCGGUCCCCGGUCUCCAUCUUGUGUUGCGGCGGCACCGGUCCCGGUCCCGGCAUCAUGGCGGCUCCGCUCAGCCUCAGCGCCAAGCAGCCCCCGAUCCAGUCCACGGCGGGGGCCGUGCCCGUGCUCAAUGAGAAGGGUGAGGUGUCUAUGGAAAAGGUGAAGGUGAAGCGCUAUGUGUCCGGUAAACGACCAGAUUAUGCACCGAUGGAAUCCUCGGAUGAGGAGGAGGAGGACUUCCAGUUUGUUAAGAAGCCGAAGGAUACAGAGGCUGAGCCUGAGGUGAAGGAGGAACUGGCGAAUGACCCACGUCUCAAGCGACUCCAGAACCGACUGUCUGAGGAUGUCGAGGAAAGGCUGGCCAGGCAUCGGAUGAUCGUUGAACCAGAGGUGGUGAUGGAGGCAGAGUCUGAGGAGGAGGGUGAGGCAUGGCACGUGGAUCGGGAGGACAGCAGUGAGGAGGAGGAGGAGGAAGUGGAUGAUGAGGAAAUCGAGCGUCGCCGUGCCAUGAUGAGGCAGCGGGCCCAGGAGAGGGAGAAUGAGGAACUGGAACUGCUGGAACUGGAGGACGAAGGAAGGUCUGGGGAAGAGUCGGAGGAGGAGUCUGAGUAUGAGGAAUAUACAGACAGCGAGGACGAAACUGAACCCAGGCUGAAGCCUGUCUUUAUUAGAAGGAAGGACCGAGUCACUGUGCAGGAACGGGAGGCUGAGGCCCUGAAACAGAAGGAACUGGAGCAAGAGGCAAAGCGCCUGAGUGAAGAGCAGCGCAAGUACACACUGAAGAUUGUGGAGGAGGAGGCGAGGCGGGAGAUCGAGGAGUCGCGCAGGACACUUUCUGCCCUCGAUGCGCUCAACACUGACGAUGAGAACGAUGAGGAGGAGUACGAGUCGUGGAAAGUUCGGGAACUUAAACGCAUCAAACGGGACCGGGAGGAGCGGGAGUCAAUGGAGAAGGAAAAGGCUGAAAUUGACAGGAUGCACAAUCUGACCGAGGAGGAGAGACGAGCAGAGCUUCGAGCCAACAGCAAAGCCAUUACCAACAAGGCCAGCAAAGGGAAUAUAAGUUUCCUGCAGAAGUAUUAUCACAGAGGAGCCUUUUUUAUGGAUGAAGAGGAGGAUCUGUACAAACGGGACUUCAGUUCCCCGACCCUGGAGGACCAUUUCAAUAAGACCAUUUUACCAAAAGUCAUGCAGGUCAAAAACUUUGGCCGUUCGGGACGGACCAAAUAUACUCACCUGGUCGACCAAGAUACCACCUCAUUUGACUCUGCCUGGGCUCAGGAGUCGGCUCAGAACAGCAAGUUCUUCAAGCAACGAGCAGCUGGUGUGCGAGAUAUUUUUGAGAGGCCCUCGGCCAAGAAGAGGAAAACCACGUAAUUGCGUUGGGAUGUGCUCCCGACAUCCAUCAUCGGUGCCCUCUGCUAGCUGUUACCACCUCGUGUCCCACACGCCCACUGUCGUGCGUGCAGUUUGAGGAGUUUAUAAAGCUCAUGGAGACUCUAUUGUAGCAUUGUUUAUCCAGUGACCAUGCUGGUCACCCAUAAUUUAAACUUGCUUUUUAAAGAGAGCUUAUUUUCUAAAGUGUUUAUAACUGUGUAAUCAUGUAUUCUUUUCCAUUUCUGUUGUGUUGAUAGGAUAAAAAUUGCAAGUUAACCAAUUGUUAAUGUUAUUUCAUUACACAACGAUCUGAGGGAGAAGGAUCUCAGUUCUGUAAUGGGAGCAUGUAACCCUGAACCUUGUGCAGUAAUCCUUACUCCCACAAGACUUGUAAAUUACAACAUAAUGUCAAAAGUGUGAGGAAAGGUAGAAUAUGUGGUGAUCUCGAAGUCUGUGGAAGCAGAUUCGGUUGUAGCAC